AUGGGUGCCCAGCGCGGGUGCCGGGCCCUGGCGUGGGCCCUUGUGAUCCUGCCCUUGGUGCAGAAGGCAGAGACCCAGGGCAGCGCGGGGCAGAGCUGGAUGAGUCAGGAGGCCACCAUGAACGCCCAGCUUGUGACCUUCAGCCCGCCCAUCACUGGCUUCCCCACCAUGAGCUCCCUGAACGCGGCGCACGGCGGGCGGGUGUGCAGCACGUGGGGCGACUUCCACUACAAGACCUUCGACGGUGACGUCUUCCGCUUCCCCGGGCUGUGCAACUACGUCUUCUCCGCGCACUGUGGUGCCGCCUACGAGGACUUCAACCUCCAACUGCGCCGCAGCCUGGUGGGCUCCAGGCCCACGGUCACCCACAUCAUCCUCAAGACGCAGGGGCUGGUGCUGGAGGUCUCCAACGGGUCCAUCCUGGUCAACGGGCGGCGGGAGGACCUGCCCUACAGCCGCGCGGGCGUCCUGGUGGAGGAGAGCAGUGCCUACGUCAGGGUCAACAUCCGGCUGAUGCUGGCCUUCACGUGGAACGGAGAGGACAGCGUCCUGCUGGAGUUGGACCCCAGGUACGCCAACCAGACCUGCGGCCUGUGCGGGGACUUCAACGGACUCCCGGCCAUCAGCGAGUUCUAUGCCCACAAUGCCAGGCUGACCCCUCUACAGUUUGGGAACCUGCAGAAGCUGGACGGGCCCACGGAGCAGUGCCAGGACGCCCUACCCUCCCCAGCUGACAACUGCACAGAUGGGGAGGGCGUCUGUCGCCACACCCUGCUGGGCCCAGCCUUUGCUCAGUGCCACAGGCUGGUGGACGCCGAGGUGUACGUGGCCACCUGCACCCAAGACCUGUGCCGCUGCCCCUCCUGCCCAUGUGCCACCUUCGCGGAGUACUCCCGCCAGUGUGCCCACGCCGGGGGACAGCCGCAGAGCUGGAGGGGCCCUGACCUCUGCCCCCAGACGUGCCCCCUGAACAUGCAACACCAGGAGUGCGGCUCGCCCUGCGCGGACACCUGCUCCAACCCUGAGCGCUCCCAGCUCUGUGAGGACCACUGCGUCGACGGCUGCUUCUGCCCCCUAGGCAUGGUGCUGGACGACAUCACCCACUCGGGCUGCCUGCCCCUGCGGCAGUGCCCCUGCAUGCACGGCGGCCGCCCCUACGCCCCGGGGGCCUCCUUCACCACCAGCUGCAGCUCCUGCACCUGCUCCGGGGGACUAUGGCAGUGCCAGGACCUCCCGUGCCCGGGCAUCUGCUCCAUCCAGGGCGGGUCCCACAUCUCCACCUAUGAUGAGAAGCUCUAUGAUGUGCACGGGGACUGCAGCUACAUCCUAACCAAGAUAUGUGCAGGCAACGCCCUCACCGUGCUGGCCGAGCUGCGGAAAUGCGGCCUGACAGACAACGAGAACUGCCUCAGAACAGUGAUGCUGAGCUUGAACGGAGGGGACACGACCAUCCAGAUCCAGGCCAACGGCGAGGUGUUCGUGAACUCCAUCUACACGCAGCUGCCCGUGUCAGUGGCCAACAUCACCGUCUUCAGGCCGUCCUCCUUCUUCAUCCUGGUGCAGACGGGCCUCGGGCUGCAGCUGCAGGUGCAGCUGGUGCCCCUCAUGCAGGUGUUCCUCAGGCUGGACCCCUCCUACCAGGGCCAGAUGUGUGGCCUGUGUGGGAACUUCAACCACAAUCAGGCCGACGACUUCCGGACCAUCAGCGGCGUGGUGGAGGGCACGGCCGCCGCCUUUGCCAACACCUGGAAGACCCAGGCCGCCUGCCCCAACGUCAAGAACAGCUUCGAGGACCCCUGCUCCCUCAGCGUGGAGAACGAGAACUAUGCUCUGCAUUGGUGCUCCCUGCUGACCGACCCUGCCGGGGCCUUCUCAUCCUGCCACUCUGUCAUCAGCCCUGGCCCCUUCCACUCGAACUGCAUGUUUGACACGUGCAACUGUGAGAAGAGCGAAGACUGCAUGUGUGCGGCCCUGUCCUCCUACGUGUGGGCCUGCGCCGCCCGGGGCGUGCUGCUCAGUGGCUGGCGGGACGGCGUGUGCAACAAGUACGUGAGCAGCUGCCCCAAGACCCAGAGCUACGCCUAUGUGGUGGACAGCUGCCAGCCCACCUGCCGCUCCCUAAGCCAGGCCGACGUCACCUGCGACGUGGCCUUCGUGCCCGUGGACGGCUGCACCUGCCCCUCGGGCACCUUCCUGGACGACACCGGUGACUGCGUGCCCAUCGAGGCCUGCCCCUGCUACGCCCGUGGCUCCGUGCUGGCUCCAGGGGAGGUCCUGCACGACAAUGGUGUGAUGUGUUCAUGUGCGGGCGGGAAGCUGAGCUGCCUGGGAGCCGUGGAGCAGAGCACAGCGUGCGUGGCCCCCAUGCUGUUCCUGGACUGUAGCAACACCUCCGUGGACACGCCCGGGGCCGAGUGUGUGCGGAGCUGCCACGUGCCAGACGUGGACUGUCUCAGCACGCACUGUGUGUCGGGCUGCGUCUGCCCCGCGGGGCUGUUGGCCGAUGGGAGCGGGGGCUGUGUGGCCGAGGAGGACUGCCCCUGCCUGCACAACGAGGCCGCCUACAAGCCCGGGGAGACCAUCAGGGUCGACUGUAACACCUGCACCUGCAGGGGCCGCAGGUGGGAGUGCAGCCACCGGCCCUGCCUGGGCACCUGCGUGGCCUACGGGGAUGGCCACUUCAUCACCUUUGACGGCGAGCGCUACAGCUUUGAGGGGAGCUGUGAAUACACGCUGGCCCAGGACUACUGUGCGGGCAACAACGGCAGCAAUGGCAACUUCCGCAUCGUCACCGAGAACGUCCCCUGCGGGACCACAGGCGUCACCUGCUCCAAGGCCAUCAAGAUCUUCCUGGAGAACUUUGAGCUGAUCCUCCACGAGGGCGCCUACAAGGUGGUGCAGAGGGGGCCAGGCGGAGAGCCGCCCUACAAGAUCCGUUACAUGGGCAUCUACCUGGCCAUCGAGACCCGUGAUGGCGUGGUUGUGUCCUGGGACCGGAAGACCAGCGUGUUUAUUCGGCUGCACCAGGAGUACAAGGGGAGGGUCUGCGGGCUGUGCGGGAACUUUGACGACAACGCCCUCAACGACUUCACCACGCGGAGCCAGUCCGUGGUGGGCGACGCGCUGGAGUUCGGCAACAGCUGGAAAUUCUCCCCAUCCUGCCCGGACGCCCAGGCCCCCAAGGACCCCUGCGCCGCCAACCCGUACCGCAAGUCCUGGGCCCAGAAGCAAUGCAGCAUCAUCAACAGCGCCACCUUCAGCGCCUGCCGUUCUCAGGUCGACUCCACCAGGUACUACGAGGCCUGCGUGAGCGACGCGUGCGCCUGCGACUCGGGGGGCGACUGCGAGUGUUUCUGCACGGCCGUGGCUGCCUACGCCCAGGCCUGCCGCGAUGCAGGCGUGUGCGUGUCCUGGCGGAGCCCGGACACCUGCCCCCUCUUCUGCGACUACUACAACCCGCACGGCGAGUGCGAAUGGCACUACCAGCCCUGCGGGGCCCCCUGCCUGAGGACCUGCCGGAACCCCCGCGGGCACUGCCUGACGGAGCUGCCAGGCCUGGAAGGCUGCUACCCACAGUGCCCGCCCAGCAAGCCAUUCUUCAAUGAGGACCAGAUGAAGUGCGUGGCCCAGUGUGGGGGCUGCUACGACGAGGACGGAAACUACUAUGACGUGGGCACCAGGGUCCCCACGGCGGAGAACUGCCAGAGCUGUGACUGCACCCCCAGAGGCCUCCAGUGUACAUACAGCCCCGCGGCCUGUACGUGCACCUACGAGGGCAGAACCUACAGCUACGGGGACGUCAUCUACAACACGACCGACGGGCUGGGCGCCUGCCUGAUUGCCACCUGCAGAGACAAUGGAACCAUCGUCCGAAAGGCUGAGGAGUGUCCCAGAACCCUGCCCACGAUGCCCUUCACCUUCACCAGCACUGCGGCUCCGCUGUCCACCAUGGGCUCGGUCCCCACACCCUCCACCGUGUGCGUGCAGGAGCACUGCCGCUGGUCCGACUGGUACGACAGUGGGCGUCCAGAGCUGGGCGCGGGAGGAGGAGACUUUGAGACAUUCGAGAACCUGCGGCAGAGGGGCUACCAGUUCUGCCCGGCCCCAGUGCACGUCGAGUGCCGGGCCCAGGAGUUCCCAGAUAUACCUUUGGAGAAGCUGGGCCAGAAGGUGGAGUGUGGCCAGGCCUGGGGGCUGACCUGCCUCAACAGAGAGCAGAACCCCCCGCCCUGCCACAACUACGAGCUGAGGGUCCUCUGCUGCGACUACGUGCCCUGCGGCACCAGCCCAGCCCCGGGCACCAGCCAGCAGCCAUCCUCCCAGCCCCUGCCCACCUCCACCCAGACCACACCCACCAGAGGAACCUCCCUCCUGUCCAUGGCGGCCUCCACCUCACAGACCCCAUCUGCCAACUCCACCUCAACCGUGACCCGAGUGGGCAGCAGCUCUGUGCUCCCAGCCACCACCACCUGUGAGCCCCGCUGUCAGUGGACAGAGUGGUUUGACGAGGACUACCCCAAGUCCGAGGAGGCUGGGGGGGACGUCGAGUCCUACGACAAGAUCAGGCGUGCGGGAGGGGCCGUGUGCGAGCAGCCCCAGGGCAUAGAGUGUCAGGCCGAAAACUUCCCUGACGUGAGGCUGGAGGAGCUGAAUCAGCGCGUGCACUGUGACGUCAGCUUCGGCCUGGUCUGCAGGAACAACGAGCAGGUGGGCCUGUUCAAGAUGUGCUACAACUACAAAAUCCGCGUGCUGUGCUGUGGGUACAGCCACUGUGGGGAGCCCACAUCCCCCACCACCACUGCCACCACAUCCACUGCCACAGUCCCCACUGCCACCACCUCCACUGCCACAGCGCUCACUGCCACCGCCCCCACUUCUACCGCAUCCACUUCCACCGCAUCCACUGCUACAGUCACCACUGUGGCCACCUCUACAGCCCCCACUGCCACAACCAACACUGCCACAGCCCCCACUGCCACUGCAUCCACUGCCACAGCACCCACUGCCACCACAUCCACUGCUACACUCACCACUGUGGCCACCUCUACAGCCCCCACGGCCACCGCAUCCACUGCCACCACAUCCACUGCCACAGCCCCCACUUCCACCGCAUCCACUGCUACAGUCACCACUGCGGCCACAGCUACAGCCCCCACUGCCACAACCUCCACUGCCAUAGCCCCUACUGCCACUGCAUCCACUGCCACAGCCCAGAGUGCCACCGCCUCCACUGCUACACUCACCACUGUGGCCACCUCUACAGCCCCCACAGCCACCGCAUCCACUGCCACAGCCCACACUGCCACCGCAUCCACUGCCACAGCCCUCACUGCCACCACCUCCACUGCCACAGCCACCGCAUCCACUGCCACAGCCCCCACCUCCACUGCCACAGCCUUCACUGCCCCCACCUCCACUGCCACAGCCUUCACUGCCACCACCUCCACUGCCACAGCCUUCACUGCCACCACCUCCACUGCCACAGCCUUCACUACCACCACCUCCACUGCCACAGCCCCCACUGCCACCACCUCCACUGCCACAGCCUUCACUGCCACAGCACCCACUGCCACAACAUCCACUGCCACAGCCCCCACUGCCACCACAUCCACUGCUACACUCACCACUGUGGCCACCUCUACAGCCCCCACGGCCAUCGCCCCCACUGCCACCGCAUCCGCUGCCACAGCCCCCACUGCCACCACAUCCACUGCCAUAGCCCCCACUACCACCACCUCCACUGCCACAGCCCACACUGCCACCACCUCCACUGCCACAGCCCCCACUACCACCACCUCCACUGCCACAGCCCCCACUGCCACCACCUCCACUGCCACAGCCCCCACUUCCACCGCAUCCACUGCUACAGUCACCACUGUGGCCACAGCUACAGCACCCACUGCCACAACCUCCACUGCCAUAGCCCCCACUGCCACUGCAUCCACUGCCACAGCCCCCAGUGCCACCGCAUCCACUGCUACACUCACCACUGUGGCCACAGCUACAGCACCCACGGCCACCGCAUCCACUGCCACAGCCCAUACAGCCACCGCAUCCACUGCCACAGCCCCCACCUCCACUGCCCCCACCUCCACUGCCACCACCUCCACUGCCACACCCUUCACUGCCACAACCUCCACUGCCACAGCCCCCACUGCCACCACCUCCACUGCCACAGCCCCCACUGCCACCACCUCCACUGCCAAAGCCCCCACUGCCACCACAUCCACUGCCACAGCCCCCACCUCCACUGCCACACCCCCCACUGCCACGACAUCCACUGCCACAGCCCCCACUGCCACCACCUCCACUGCCACAGCCCCCACUGCCACCACCUCCACUGCCACAGCCCCCACUGCCACCACCUCCACUGCCACAGCCUUCACUGCCACAGCCCCCACUUCCACAACAUCCACUGCCACAGCCGCCACUGCCACCACAUCCACUGCUACACUCACCACUGUGGCCACCUCUAUAGCCCCCACGGCCAUCGCCCUCACUGCCACCGCAUCCACUGCCACAGCCCCCACUGCCACCACCUCCACUACCACAGCCACCACCUCCACUGCCACAGCCCCCACUGCCACCACCUCCACUGCCACAGCCUUCACUACCACCACCUCCACUGCCAUAGCCCCCACUGCCACCACCUCCACUGCCACAGCCUUCACUGCCACAGCACCCACUGCCACAACAUCCACUGCCACAGCCCCCACUGCCACCACAUCCACUGCUACACUCACCACUGUGGCCACCUCUACAGCCCCCACGGCCAUCGCCCCCACUGCCACCGCAUCCGCUGCCACAGCCCCCACUGCCACCACCUCCACUGCCAUAGCCCCCACUGCCACAGCCCCCACUGCCACAGCCCCCACUGCCACCACCUCCACUGCCACACCCCCCACUGCCACGACAUCCACUGCCACAGCCCCCACUACCACCACCUCCACUGCCACAGCCCCCACUGCCACCGCAUCCACUGCCACAGCCCCCACUACCACCACCUCCACUGCCACAGCCCUCACUGCCACCACCUCCACUGCCACAGCCCCCACUUCCACCGCAUCCACUGCUACACUCACCACUGUGGCCACAGCUACAGCACCCAUGGCCACCGCAUCCACUGCCACAGCCCAUACAGCCACCGCAUCCACUGCCACAGCCCCCACCUCCACUGCCCCCACCUCCACUGCCACCACCUCCACUGCCACACCCUUCACUGCCACAGCCCCCACUGCCACCACCUCCACUGCCACAGCCCCCACUGCCACCACCUCCACUGCCAAAGCCCCCACUGCCACAGCUCCCACUGCCACCACCUCCACUGCCAAAGCCCCCACUGCCUUCACUGCCACAGCCCCCACUUCCACAACAUCCACUGCCACAGCCCCCACUGCCACCACAUCCACUGCUACACUCACCACUGUGGCCACCUCUAUAGCCCCCACGGCCAUCGCCCUCACUGCCACCGCAUCCACUGCCACAGUCCCCACCUCCACUGCCACACCCCCCACUGCCACGACAUCCACUGCCACACCCCCCACUGCCACGACAUCCACUGCCACAGCCCCCACUACCACCACCUCCACUGCCACAGCCCCCACUGCCACCACCUCCACUGCCACAGCCUUCACUACCACCACCUCCACUGCCAUAGCCCCCACUGCCACCACCUCCACUGCCACAGCCUUCACUGCCACAGCACCCACUGCCACAACAUCCACUGCCACAGCCCCCACUGCCACCACAUCCACUGCUACACUCACCACUGUGGCCACCUCUACAGCCCCCACGGCCAUCGCCCCCACUGCCACCGCAUCCGCUGCCACAGCCCCCACUGCCACCACCUCCACUGCCAUAGCCCCCACUGCCACCGCAUCCACUGCCACAGCCCCCACUGCCACCACCUCCACUGCCACACCCCCCACUGCCACGACAUCCACUGCCACAGCCCCCACUACCACCACCUCCACUGCCACAGCCCACACUGCCACCACCUCCACUGCCACAGCCCCCACUACCACCACCUCCACUGCCACAGCCCUCACUGCCACCACCUCCACUGCCACAGCCCCCACUUCCACCGCAUCCACUGCUACAGUCACCACUGUGGCCACAGCUACAGCACCCACUGCCACAACCUCCACUGCCACAGCCCACACUGCCACCACCUCCACUGCCACAGCCCCCACUACCACCACCUCCACUGCCACAGCCCUCACUGCCACCACCUCCACUGCCACAGCCCCCACUUCCACCGCAUCCACUGCUACAGUCACCACUGUGGCCACAGCUACAGCACCCACUGCCACAACCUCCACUGCCAUAGCCCCCACUGCCACUGCAUCCACUGCCACAGCCCCCAGUGCCACCGCAUCCACUGCUACACUCACCACUGUGGCCACAGCUACAGCACCCACGGCCACCACCUCCACUGCCACAGCCCCCACUGCCACCACCUCCACUGCCAAAGCCCCCACUGCCGCCACCACAUCCACUGCCACAGCCCCCACCUCCACUGCCACACCCCCCACUGCCACGACAUCCACUGCCACAGCCCUCACUGCCACCACCUCCACUGCCACAGCCCCCACUGCCACCACCUCCACUGCCACAGCCCCCACUGCCACCACCUCCACUGCCACAGCCUUCACUGCCACAGCCCCCACUUCCACAACAUCCACUGCCACAGCCCCCACUGCCACCACAUCCACUGCUACACUCACCACUGUGGCCACCUCUAUAGCCCCCACGGCCAUCACCCCCACUGCCACCGCAUCCACUGCCACAGCCCCCACUGCCACCACCUCCACUACCACAGUCCCCACUGCCACCACCUCCACUGCCACAGCCUUCACUGCCACCACCUCCACUACCACAGUCCCCACUGCCACCACCUCCACUACCACAGCCCCCACUGCCACCACCUCCACUGCCACACCCCCCACUGCCACGACAUCCACUGCCACAGCCCUCACUGCCACCACCUCCACUGCCACAGCCCCCACUGCCACCGCAUCCACUGCCACUGUCACCAUUGCCACCACAUCCACUGCUACAGUCACCACUGUGACCACCUCUAUGGAAGCCACCUCCACUGCCACAGCCCCCACUCCUAUAGCCCCCAUGUCCCCCACCGCCACUGCCACAGCUACCACUGCCAUAACCUCCACUGCUACAGUCACCACUGCAGCCACCUCCACUGCUGCCACUGCUACAGCGGCCACCUCUGCUGCCACAGCCCCCAUGUCCCCCAAUGCCUCCAGCACCACCACUGCUAUGUCACCAGCUACGCAGCCCAGGACAUGGCCAGGGAGCACAGGGGUGACCAGGUCCCCCGCCAGCAGUGCCACACCAUCACCUUCCCUUUCCACGGGACUGACCGCCCAAGUGACAUCCUUGAGGCCCAGCCACACAGGCACACUCCCAGGAUCUGCCACGUCGGUCCUCCCAACUCACACAGCCUCAAGGGGGCCCCCCCCAAUGUUGGUGACGACGCAGACCUCCACGUCUCAGCUGCUGACGGGAACAGCAGUGGACACAAUGGGCACCACCUCCAUGGGCCCGCUGUCCACCUCACACCCUAAGACCAGCACGCCGGGAACCUGGGUGUCGACGGCCACCACUGGGGCCACCACCAGCCAGGGCACAACCGGCUGUCAACCCAAGUGCCAAUGGACAGAGUGGUUUGAUGUGGACUUCCCCACCUCGGAGUUCAGGGGUGGAGACAUGGAGACCUAUGACAACAUCCGGGCCGCGGGCGGCAAGAUGUGUCAGCAGCCGCAGAAGAUUGAAUGCCGGGCGGAGAGCUACCCCGAGGUGAGCAUCGAUCAGAUCGGGCAGGUGCUCAGCUGCAGCCUGGAGGCCGGGCUGGUCUGCAGGAACGAAGACCAGAGGGGGAAGUUCACCAUGUGCUUCAACUACAACAUCCGCGUGUACUGCUGCAAUGACUUCCGGCACUGCUCCACCAUGGCUACCACCCCACUCACCUCCACCGCACCGCCCGCCACCGGCAGCUCCACGGCCACAGUGCCAAGUCCCUCGACCUCUGCCACGACCCAGACCCAACCCACCUCCACCGCACCACCCGCCACCGGCAGCUCCACGGCCACGCUGCCAUGGCCCUUGACCUCUGCCAUGACCCAGACCCAACCCGCCUCCACCGCACCGCCCGCCACCGGCAGCUCCAUGGCCACAGUGCCAAGUCCCUCGACCUCUGCCACGACCCAGACCCAACCCACCUCCACCGCACCACCCGCCACUGGCAGCUCCAUGGCCACGCUGCCAUGGCCCUCGACCUCUGCCACGACCCAGACCCAACCCGCCUCCACCGCACCACCCGCCACUGGCAGCUCCACGGCCACCUUGCCAUGGCCCUCGACCUCUGCCACGACCCAGACCCAACCCACCUCCACCGCACCGCCCGCCACUGGCAGCUCCACGGCCACGCUGCCAUGGCCCUCGACCUCUACCACGACCCAGACCCAACCCACCUCCACCGCACCACCCGCCACCGGAAGUUCCACGGCCACGCUGCCAUGGCCCUCAACCUCUGCCACGACCCAGACCCAACCCACCUCCACUGCACCGCCCGCCACCGGCAGCUCCACGGCCACACAGCCAAGUCCCUCAACCUCUGCCACGACCCAGACGGGUGCCCCCACCACGGCCCCUGCAACUGCGCGCGUGCACAAGACCACCAUUGGGACCACCCUGCUCUCCACCCCCGUGACCUCCCACACUAGGGCUACCAUCUACACCCACUCCCUGCACCCCACGGCCUCUCCUCAGGUCACAGAGCUCCCCACCAGGCCCUUCAAGACCACACCUGGACCCCCCAUCACCACACCCAGCACAGGGCCCGGCACCAGAGCCUCCCUCUCCACCCCUACGCCUGAGCCCAGCACCUCCUCACUGGGCACCACCCUCAGUUCCUCUAUGGCCACCUCCACAGCCAUGGUGUCCUCACAGAAGACCCAUAUCUCCAGCCCCACGUCGGUCACCACAUCCCCAGAGACUUGGUCCACGGCCUGUCAGCCUCGCUGUGCCUGGACAGACUGGCUGGACCAGAGCUACCCGACGCCAGGGGCCUCUGGGGGGGACUUCGAGACCUAUGCUAAUAUCCAGGCGGCCGGUAGGGCCAUCUGCCAGCAGCCUCUGAAGCUGCAGUGUCGGGCCGAGGACCUGCCUGAGGUGGCCCUGCAGGAUCUGGGCCAGGUGGUGCAGUGCCGGCUGGAGGAGGGCCUGGUGUGCUGGAACCGAGACCAGAGUAGCCUGAUGUGCCUCAACUACCAGAUCCGCAUGUUCUGCUGCGACCAAAGCCACUGCCCCAGCCCCGCCGGUCCCACGUCCACCACGCCAGCACCCUCACCCUCCACCAUCAGCACCAGCACUGGCAGGCUGUCAUCGGAGGUCACCACCCAGACGCACCUCUCCUCCCCAGGGACGAUCAAGAGAGUCUCCACCCCCACCACUCUGACAGGCCCCUCCUCCACGGGGACCCCCAAGGGGGUCUCCACACUCACCCAUGUGACAGGUCCCUCGUCCACAGGGACCACCCAGAGGGUCUCCACCCCUACCCGUGUGACAGGUCCCUCCUCCACGAAGACCACCCAGAGGGUCUACACCUCCACCAGUGUGACAGGCCCUUUCUCCAUGGGGACCACCGAGAGGAUCUCUACCGCCACCCGUGUGACAGGUCCCUUCUCCACGGAGACCACCGGGAGGGUCUCUACCUCCACCCGUGUGACAGGUCCUUCCUCCACGGUGACCACCCAGAGGGUCUCCACCUCCACCAGUGUGACAGGUCCCUUCUCCCCUUGGACCACCCAGAGGAUCUCUAUCCCCACCCGUGUGACAGGCCCCUCCUCCCCUGGGACCACCAAGAGCAUCUCCACCCCUAGUUCUUCUGCCUUCCCGGGGUCCCCACCCAUGACCACCAAGCCAGGCUUGCCCAGUGUCUCUCCAACGGGUCCCCUUUUGACUUCCCCCAUAUCGACCUCCCCCGGGGCCCCACCCACCACCCCUUCCUGGUCCGGGGUGACCUCUGGCAGCCCAGGGACCUUUCCCAUCUCCACUGCCUCUCCCAGCCCCACCACAGCCUGCCUUUGCCAUGCCUUCGGAAAGUUCUUCCUACCAGGGGACAUUGUCUACAACAAGACUGACGGAGCAGGAUGCCCCUUCUUAGCCGUCUGCAACCAGCGCUGUGACAUCGACCGCUUCCAGGGCACCUGCCCGACCUCCUCACCCUCGGGGACCUCGGCCUCUGUUCCCCCAGUAGUUCCCGGCUGCAAUCACACUGUCCCUCCCCGACAGGUGAAUGAGUCCUGGACCCUGGAGGACUGCACGGUGGCUCUGUGCGAGGGUGACAACCGUAUCGUCCUGCUGGGGCCGAAGCCGAUGGGCGAUGUCGUCUGCGUGAACGGGCACCUGCCCGUGAGAGUGCAGAGCGGGGAUGGGCCCUGUGAUUACAGCUACGAGUGCGAGUGCUCCUGCAGCGGCUGGGGGGACACCCACUACGAGACCUUCGACGGCACCUCCUACUCUUUCCUGGACAAUUGCACCCACGUCCUCAUGCGGGAGAUCCAGCCGCGCCACGGGAACCUCCGCAUCCUCCUGCACAACCACUACUGUGAGGCCGCCGCCAGCUGCCCCCGCGCCCUCAGCGUCCACUAUGAGUCCAUGGACGUCGUCCUCACCACCACCCCUGGUGCCGACGGGCAGGAGGAGAGCCUGAUCCUGUUUGGCCACAUGCGGGUGAGGCAGAGCUUCAGCAAGAAUGGCCUGACCGUGACGGUGACGGGGGCCACGGAGAUGAGCAUCGAGAUUCCUGCCAUCGGCGUGAGCGUCAUGUUCAACGGGCGGGUCUUCCAGGCCCAGCUGUCCUACAGCCACUUCAGCUACAACACCGAGGGCCAGUGUGGCACCUGCACCAACAGCCGCUGGGACGACUGUCGCCUGCCCGACGGCACCACGGCCCCCACCUGCCAGGACAUGGCCCGGUUCUGGCUAGUCCCCAGCAGCAGCGGGGAGGGCUGCUGGGCACCCACCGGCCUGCCCCCGGCCACCAGCCCCCCGUCGCCGGCCCCCAGCACACCCACCUCCACUCCGUGCCCCCCGGAUCCCCUCUGCGAGCUGAUGCUGAGCCCGGUCUUCGCCGGGUGCCACGGCCUCAUCCCCCCCGGCCCGUUCUUCAGCACCUGCGUCAGCGACAGCUGCGGGCCCAGCCGCCCCGGCCGCCCUGAAGCGCUCUGCCAGAGCCUGGAGGCCUACUCAGCGCUCUGCCGCGCCCGGGGCGUGUGCCCCGAUUGGCGCAACGCCUCCAGCGGACUGUGUGACCUCACCUGCCCACCCACCAAGGUGUAUAAGUCGUGUGGCCCCGUGCAGCCCGAGUCCUGUGACUCCAGGACCCAGAGCCCGGCGAGCAGGGGGCUGGCAGAGGGCUGCUUCUGUCCCGACGGCCACAUCCUGUUCAACUCACACACAGACGUCUGCGUGCCCGAGUGCCCCUGCGUGGGACCAGAUGGGUUUCCCAAAUUCCCCGGAGAGCGGUGGGUCAGCAACUGCCAGUCCUGUGUGUGUGAUGAAGGCUCCGUGUCGGUGCAGUGCACCCCUGUGCAGUGCGAGGCCCAGGACCAGCCACAGGAAUGUGGCCAGGCCGGCUUCGUGGCCCAGACCAGGCCCCUGGCCGACAACCCUUGCUGCAUGGAAACUCUGUGUGUCUGCAACACAAACGCGUGCCCCUCGAGUCCACCCAAAUGUGGGCCGGGAGAGGAGCUGGCUUGCACCCAGGAGGAGGACAGCUGCUGCCCUACCUUCAGCUGCCAGCCUCAGCUGUGCACCUACAAUGGCACCGUCUACGGGGUCGGUGCAACCUUCCCAUCGGUCACUCCCUGCCACACGUGUACCUGCCUGUCCGAGGACACCCAUGACCCGACCGUGCAGUGUGAGGAGGAUGCCUGUGACACCACUUGUCCCCGGGGCUUCCAGUACUCGAGGGUGGCCGGGCAGUGCUGCGGGGAGUGCGUGCAGACGGCUUGCCUCACGUCCGACGGCCGGCUGGUCCAGCCCAAUGAGACCUGGAUCAACAGCCUCGUGGACAACUGCACGUUGUACCACUGCCAGGCUGAGAACGGGACCUCUAUGCUGACCCCGACGCCCGUCGCCUGCCCGGACGUGUCCAGCUGCAGGGGCAUCCUCAGGAAAAUCGGCUGCUGCUACUCCUGUGACGAAGUGGACUCCUGCCAGGUGCGCACCAGCAUGACGGUCCUGCGACACCGGGGCUGCGCCACCCAGGCCGCCGUCAGCGUCCCCUUCUGCGAGGGCUUCUGCCCGGGAGCGUCCCGGUACGCCAUGGGGGCCCGGGCCACGCAGUGCCCGUGCAUCUGCUGCCAGGAGACCAGGGCCCACCAGGAGGUGGUGACCAUGCAGUGUCCCAACGGGACGGCCUUCCAGCAUACCUACACCCACGUGGACGAGUGCAGCUGUGGCCCAUCCUGCAUCUCCUCGGCCCAGGCUCCCGAGGACAGCACCCCCAUCUUCCCGAUCUAUGGGUCCACCACUGUCUGACGCAUUCUGCCCCCUCCCACACGCCUGCCCCACCUGCCCCACCUGGAGCCAGAACACACACCAUCCAACCACGGAAACUGCGAGCCCACACACACCUUCCGUGGAUACCACUGCCCCUGCCCACUUUACAUCUGCCCCAGGUGAAACCCAGGCCCUGAAGGGUGACAGCAUAGUGAGGGUCGGCUUGAGGAGGACCCCAGAUGGGAGCGGGGGCUGCUCUCAGAGCCCCUCCUGCCUGUUUUGGCCACCUGCCUGGCCUUCAGGACCUGACCCUCAUCUGGAACACAAGCACCCACUCCACCCAGGCUCACCCCCGUCCUGGUGUCAGAGGGAUGCCCCGGAGAAAGCUGCACACCCACCGCCGUGCUGCUCCCACGGCGGGCCUGUGUGCCCUCUGCUGCCCCUCGAAGCCCCGUGGCGCACAGGUGCCCACUGGCUACACCUCCUGCAGCUGAGCGCAGACUGAGGCCUGUCCAGGCAAGGCCGGCUACCUGCCCAAGUCUGGACCCCGGCCUGAGGCUACGAGGGCCAAAGGACGGGCCCCGGCGGGGUUGGCACCCCACAGCACCCCCUCUGCUCACCCAGCCCCAGUCUUUGAAAAUAAACACUGAGCAUCACAUACACUUCCUGGUCCUGGUGGCUCUCUGCUCCAUGUGUGGGCCGGGCUGUCCAGAGCCACACCCCUGCUGGACUCCCGGGAGGGACAGGCGGGGCAAGAGGCAAGAGGCCCCCAGGGUCAGUCUUGGGCUGUGGGAGUACUGGCCAGAGUCAGGGGUCAUCCGAAGGUUCAAACUUGCGGGUUUUAUAAGGAAGUUGGUUCACAGCUGCAGGAAGACCGGACGAGCCAAUGUGGGGAGGCCCACGGGGGGACACAGAGGGCAUCAGUGUGGAAAGCACUCCCUGCGCCUCUGCGGGGCAUCUCCUUCAGGCGCUUGUCACACGUCAACUUGCUGUGUAUGACCCUCGCUUCUCUCUCCACCGAGGGCAGGGAUGGCUGCCUUUCUCUCUGCUGCCGCAUCCAGAGUGGAGAACACUGCCAGCACAGGAUGGGGUGGGACGCGCUGGGGGCAAGGGUGGGGUGGUGCCCCAGCUUGAGCGUCCACAUGGGCAGGGUCAGCUAUGAGGGGGCGGGGCUUCCUCCGGAGAGGCAAAGGCGGUGCUGGCCAGGGCCAAGGAAGCCUGGCAAGCGUGUGCGGGGCGGGGUCUUCUGGGGCCUCCUGCAUCACGUGACCUGCC